CGAUAACGCAGCCUGUGGACUGUGGCGUGUAGCCAAUCAGAAAGCGAGGUGACGAGGCGGUGAGGAAGUGCCGGGAAACAGAAACAAAAUCAAAACAACCGGCGGAAUGGCGCACCAGAAAGUCCGGUGGACGUCGGAGAUGGAGGACCAACUUGUCGACCUGUGGCAACACAGGGAAUGUUUGUACAACGUUUCGUGUAAAGAUUAUCACAACCGAAAUGACAAGGAGAGGAACUGGGCAGAAAUUGCUGCUGCACUUGAAAUACCAGUUGAAGAAGUGAAGACGCGGGCCACAACUCUAAGAACUCAGUUCAGCAAGCUUCUCAAAACUAAACCCAGUGGGACUUUUGAAAAGCCACUAACAAGCAAACAACGAUGGCUUAUGAAGAGACUGAUGUUUCUGAGGAGGCAUGUCACCCAACGUGCCACUGAAAGCAGCCUGCCUCAAUCAAUUAAAGAUGGCCUGGCUGCAGAGAUGGACCCCUUGAAUGAUCCAGAUGAUGACGAUGUCUCUCUAAUGUCUGACGAAACAUCUGCUGAGGAACCAUCUGUUCUCCAGAAUGAUGACGACCUUUCCCCUCCUGUACCUUGUACACCUACUGCGAAGAGACUAAAGAAAAGCAAAUCGGCUGAUGCCAUUGAAAUGGAAAAAUUGAAAAUUUUACAGCAGAUGUCAACUGCUUUUAAGGCUGGUAGAAGCAAACCUACUGCUGAUAGUGACGGCAACUUUGGGGCACAAGUAGCUGAGGAGUUGAGGUCAAUUAAAAACACUUUGGUAAAGACAAGAGUAAAGAGAAAAAUAAUGAAUGAUUUAUAUGAGGCUCAGGAGAAUGAUGCACAGGCAUCUAAGCUUGCACCUAGUUUUUACCCUGUACCACCCUCUGUACAUAUGCCCAACACACAACCAACCCUUCUACACACAUAUACAACUCCACAAGAACCACCGCACCACAUGCCUCUACCCAUAGGUACACAACUGCUGCCAAAUCAGUACCAGCUUCAAAAUAAUGAGACGCAUAGCUACAGGAGAAUGCUAGAAGACGAGUGAAUACAGAUUAAAGGGUAGAUUGUCAGUCAUGGUUCUCAAGGUUUACAACAACUACCUCUGUUUUUUGUGGUUAAUCAGAAAAACAAUGUGUUUGUGUCUUUUCAAAUGCAUCUUCAGUUAUAAGUGUGUACAUCCUUUAUUGAGGUCUUUGUUUUAUUUAUAUUUCGGCCUUUUUGUUAUAUCAAGGCCUUAAGUUGUAUUUUACCACAGUUGUGGGAGUCAUACACACCGCUAUUGUUUCAAAUGCUUAACCAUUUCACCGUAAAGUGACAUGAACUAAUGUUUUAUUGGAUUGCUUAUAUCCUGAAGUAAAUAAUAAACAGUUAUUUAUUUUUC